GUAACGAUACCUGCUACGCCAGGGGGAUCGUUCUUACAUCACGUCGCGAAAAAUCGGCACUGUGAGUUGCGGAACAAGCUAAGUCGUACCACGUUCUUCAAUUUUGCAAUAUUUCGUUCGAUCUAUCUGCCCUUCGUGCGCGCAAAAGUACUGAAAUGGAACAGCACGUGGAGAACUUUCAAUGCAUACCCAUUCGAAACUUUUGCUGUUUAUUACUGAUUGGACUUUCAUGUUACAUGUAUUAAUCGUGUAAAUGAAAUUAUGAAAGAGCACGCUAUUUUUUAUUUGUUGCCGGAAUUUGAUUAAAAUAUGAGAAUACUUCCAUCAGCAGCCAGUUUAAUUAUCAGAAAUGCUUUACUAUUACUGUCACUAAGUAUCGUAUAUGAGAUUGGUUUAAAAAUCUAAAAGUGACUCGAAGUACUUAUAGUGAAACAAAUCUCUUAUCUCAAUCGAACCCAAGGGAAUCUAAACCACGAAAUGGAUCCCCUAUAAAUCCAUAAUCUGAAAAGAACAAUCAAGAGACAUAAAUAACGAGAAAAGAAAGUCCAAUCCCGUAAUCCGCUUUUUAUCAUUUAGAUUCCUUAUUGAGUAAAAAGGCCAAACAAUGCGUGGCGCAUGAAAGUGAAAGCCCUCGUGUCGAAACCGUUUUUCAUUCAACAGCCAAACCCAAGUUAUUUGUGUCAUCUACGACUCGAUCGAACUAAACUAUCGAUCAACCGAAAGAUACUGCCAUUCGUGUUACAACAAAUGUGCGACCGCGAGUCUUAACCAGCGGCGACUUCCUCCUUUCCAGCUAGACAUGUCGCUUGGAAAUGGACUCCACCUUUCGUAAAGAACGUCCUUGAGCGAGCCGGUGCACCGGGAAAGGUGAUGAAAACUGAACAGUCACGUGUACUAUGCCGACGCGAGUGGUUGUUCGUCAGCUUCGCCCCGUUGUCACGCGUUCCACUGCUUUUCUAAUUAACAUUCGGUACCGUUCAAAUGUCGAAGAAUGUAGACGACGCUUCAAAGUGCGCAGUCAGGAAACCGUACGAUAUUUUUUCUCAGGAUUAAAUAGUUUCUUAGUCGAUGUUAAAAAACGCGUUAGUACUUAUAUCUAAUGGCUUCAAUAAAUAUUUUCGUUUCCGGGAAGAGACAUGAAAGGAAUACCGAAUGUCAUCGGUAAUCAUGUGUUAGAAAGUGCUCCUCAAAGAAAAGUAAUCGAUUAAGUGAAUUCGCGACUUUGUAAGCGAAGGAGACCUUCAGAAGAUGCACUUCCGCACGAGAUGUCUUCCUCGUGAUGAUUGCGAAGAAAGCGAACAGCUGACGGUGGGAACUAUCAGGAUCAGCUAAUGUGAUUCGAAUCGAUGGAAGCCCGCACUUGUGCUGGAUGCACAAUCAUUUUCAAAGUCAUUGCUUCGAAAGUGGAGAAAGCAAAGCAGACGCAGAGGUCGAGGCGCGUUACGCGAGCAAUUGUCGGCACGCGGAGUAAAUUAAAUGCUAUCAGCACGGACGUGAAUCUUUUUGAAAAGAGAUAAUCGGAGAGAAAUAAAACAUUCGCGCGAAACAAUUUCUUGGUUUUGUCACGUUUUUGUGUUUUUGUUCCGAUUAAAAAGGCGUUUAUCCCAAGAAAUCGUUGACGUUCGCGUUCGAGUUCUCGCUGUGAACCGCGUGCAUGCUCUAAAAAGCUGCGAUCUUCUGCGAAGAAGUACAGAACGUCUUAGUGAUCCUGUCAAUCAGAAUUGAGAGUGCUUCGAGGACUGGCAUGAAGGAAGGAAUCUUUCGCAUGAUGCAGGAAGGAUUUUAUCUACGGAAGCUCCUCUUAAUCGUAAUAUUAGCGACAUGCUUGUCGAUCACCGCAUCAAUGACCCGGGAAAGGCGGCACGUCGGUACGGAGGAAUCUAGUCAUCAACCAGACAGGAUGCAAACGCCGGCUGACCGUAGUUUCAAGUCAUCGACCAGCACGGGCAACGAGAUAACUACGGAUGCCGGAAGGAAAGUAUCGCACAGGCUGAUUGGUGGCCACUUGCGAGCGGACGCGAAGCAAGAAACAGACGAAACGUUCUGGGACGACGGGAUCUUGUUAUCAUCUUCUGGAAACGGAAGGGAGACGAAGAUCAAUCGCAAAGAGGAAGACGAUGACAAGAAGACUCUUUCGCAGCAAGUGAAAGAGGGAAAAUACGGUCUCAUUCAAAAUGAAAUCUACAAAAACCAUCCUAAACGACCGGGGAUAAUUAGUUACAAAGGUAAUUCGGAGGUGCCGAAGGACACGAUCGACAAUUUAGGCGGUCUCGACGAGGAUGAAAUUUGGUUGGCGGAGAACCACGUCCUCGUGUUGAGAGGCGGGAAAUUUCCUGACCAUGAAGAGACGCAAAGUAGCGGAGACAGUGCGCCGACUUGGCCACCGAUUGAUAAUUACAAAGCGCCCAGAAGACAGGUCAAGAUACCAUCAAAACCGAAGGUACCGCCGCCCUUUCCGGUACAACUUACAGAUGGCGGACCGAUACAGAUCAUAGGACCGAAUGGAACCAAGGAGAUCGCUAACGGGAUCGAUUAUAAAAAGGACCCAUUAUUUACCAAAGGAUUAUUAUCAGAAGACGGCCCACUUUUCGCAGUUCUUUCGAAUGGAACAAUCGUAAUGCCCGACUUAAGAAAUGUAACAGACACGCCGGAGGAAGAUAAUUCGGAGCCGAAGAGUACAGAUAACACGGAGAAGUCUGAAACUUUGCCACCUGGUAGUUUGCCACCUUUUUACCAUGCCAUACCACCCGGUGCGGUGUUCGUACCUCCACCAAGUAAUCAAUCGGAAUUCGAUGAAGAAGAUCAGUCUAUUUACUAUCCGCCACCAUAUAGCUUUCAGUAUCAACAAGACAACACAACUGCAGUGCCACCAGGUCCUCUGGUACCUGGAAUCAUUCUGCCGCCCCCACCAGAUUUCUUCUCUGCUCUCGAAGAAAAGAAGAGCACGACGAAGAAAUACACAAAGCGACCCAUUGGGACCACGCCUACGCCCAGACUCAGACCCACUUAUUUGCCACCAAGGAAACUCUCAACUAAACAGCACAAGAACACUACCGUAAUACCAGUCACAAAAGUUAGAUCACCCAUCCAUGUACCGGCUAACACAAAUAUGUACAGUCGAACGCCGCACAAGAAUCUGACCAAAACAAGUACUGUGAGAUCUAAUGUAGUAAAGACUGUCCCAUACAUUGAAGUGACGACUACCACUCCGGAUAAACCGACGACACUCGAUAAUCCUGAAUUUUAUAGCAUCGGUCCUUUAGAGAAUCAGGUGACGAACCAAGAGAACGUGCAAGAAAAAAAUCAGGCUUGGUCGGGUCUAGUAACCAGUAAAACGAUUCCUAUAGUGGCGUACUACGCCACAUCCACGCAGUCUACCUUGGAGAAGCCCGUGGAAGUGACACCAGCCUCAAUAAAGAGUAUUAUAACGACUAGCAAUCCGGAACGAGCGCCUAGCCAGACCUCUUAUUACUUUUAUGAAGAAUCUAACGAGCAACCAGAACACACCACACCGAAUCCCUCGUCAUUUUAUUAUAAAACGACUACGGAGUCACCAUUAUAUGAAACUGUAACUCAACCAUUAGAGGAGACGAAGAAACAAUAUUACAGCGUGGAGACAAUUCCAUCGCGAGAAACAACUAAAGAUUAUAGUAUUAAGUUUAUCGGUUCACCGGUGAAAAAUUCUGGGCCGAUUCGUUAUAGAGACUCGACCGUCACGCAAACUUCGCCGAGAUACGAAAGUGGUGCAGCAAGAACUCAGGGACAACGUAUGUUACCUGAUCACGCAUCUCUUUACUAUCAGACUAUAUCUGCUCGUCCAGCUGUCUCUAUACAAUCUUAUUAUACUACUCCAAAGCCGCAAACCUAUUAUAGGCAAGAGGCGAAACCGAAACCGAUUUAUCAGUACAGUUUCGAGGCUGCGGACUAUUCACAACGUGGUAAUCAAAGGCAACACCAGCAGACACUUAACGACUAUCACAAUAUAAAAAUUGAUGGUAAUUUUCAUAACAAUCAUCGAUAUGAUUACGAAAACAAUGAAUCAUUACCGCAGAAGAGAAUGAGGCCAGAAGUGUACAAGAAUCAACGGCCGAUUUAUUCGUCGACAACACCCCAGGCGGUGAUAAGCACUACGCAGAAUCCUCAGCAUGCUUAUUAUACUCAGCAGGAUGAAAAAUUCUUGGAUGAUGUUACAAAAGAGUAUUUCACGAUCUUCGGUAAAAAGUUACCGCACAAAGGGAUACCAAGUACAACUCCAAUAUAUUCUAAAUCGAACAGUGUUACGGAAAGACCAAAUUAUAACGUGAACACGUACAUAGAAAGUUUUGAGACUCCCGAGCCGCCUGUGUACAAGACACCCAAUGUUAAAGUUCACUAUGGAGAUCAAUCACAACGACAAUACUCCCUCAAGGAUGACAUACUUGUCAACUACAGAGAGCCUCUGCCUCCUAUUAAUCCUGACAGUGAAUUCAUUACGGUGGUCAAUCCGAAUCAACCACAACCACCCAAUUAUAGAAUACCUGAGAGAGGUCAAUCUUUGGCACCCAUACGUGCUUAUUCGCCACAACCACUCAUUAACUCAAGAAAUGGCCCGUCUACAAACUAUGUUCCGGUUGUAGAAUCUCCGGAAGAAUUGGACGAAUCGUACCCGCAGCAGUUACCAAUAUCGUUAGAAGACGAUAUUAAAGUCAAUUAUCGUGAUCCACGACCCACGAUAAAUCCGGAUGCCGAGUUUAUCGAUCCGGUUCCUGUGCGGGAGAAUCAGCGGGAAAAUCCAAAAGCAUAUUUCGCGUACCGGUUGCCAGGUGACGGCGGCCACUUUUACUUCCUAACGCCGCAGGCAAUCACGCAAAGGCCGGAGCAGAACGCCGGCCACCUCUAUUCGAAAUCGAGGGGAAGUAGACUGCUGAGGCGCCGACGGAGGCCAGGCAACGUUUGAUAACUAUAGCCCAUAGGCAACCGCGCCAUAUGUCAUUAAUCAUUAUACUUCGGAUGUUCAUGCAUUCAUGAUAAACUUAGUAUAUAAAUACAUGAAUUAAUAGAAUAAACAAGACAGUAAAGAUUAUCCGAAUUAAAAUAAUUUGAAAAAGAAAAUGUAUUCUGACAAAUCUGGCGGAUAAUCGAUUUUGGAAAACCAAAGGACAGAGAAAAAAAAUAUAAGAUUGCAUAAAUAUCCGUAGUCUAUAAAUCAUCGAGGACGCACUCAGAAAUGCGUGUCAUAAAGAACGCGAUACAAAAAUCGACGAUGAGACGUUCUGUAUCGUUAAUAAAAUAUUUAUUGUACGUGUAAAUAAAUAUAUGUAAACGUGUAUCUUGUAUGUACAACUAAUUGUAAGUUAGAUGAUUAUCAACGCCUCAGUUACGAUAUAUUAAAAUGCUUAAUUUAUACGUCCUAACAUUUAUCCCUCCCAUGCUUUAGACUUAGAUUGAUACAGAUGCGAUGUAAUAUGUGUUAACGCUGCUUGCGUGCGACGAUAGGUAUGUGGCGAUUUUUUAAGCGAUUUUCGCGUCGCGUACUCGCGCGAUAUCUGUGAUUAAUGGUCGAUAGUAAACGCGUGCUGUGUACAUAUAGUUAUGAUUAACGAUAUAUAUACGUAAGUUUUAUUGUAGUGCUGAGAGCACAUUUUUAUAAGUCACCCGAAAUAAAUAUGUUAUACAUAUAUACUUGAACAAGUGUGAAAUAAAGUUUGUUUA